AUGAAAAUCUGUGUGGUUACGCCUAGCUCAGCUUCGGGUGCUGAAGCAAAAGUCCAGCCGGACCUCGCCAGUUAUAUCAAUGGAGAAGUGCACUCGGUGCAGACAAGGGAGAUUAGGAAAGAGCAUGCCAUCGAAGAUAUAGACGAACUCGAGAUCGGGAACUUCGAUGUCUUCAUCAACUAUGUGGUAAGACGGAGACGUAUUCUGCAGCCAAUCGAUCAGGAGUGGAUUACGGCAUUGAAGUAUCUGAAUUCGAAAUAUCUAUUUGGUAUUGGUAGUCUGCCGGACGGUGCGUUGGACCUCUGCGCAGCAAAUCUGGAGAGGGCGCAAAUCUCCGAUUAUCAGGGCGAUGAGCAGUCCCCGCCGACUGCGUCGUUACUACCAAAUCAGUCUCAAGAAUUUCAGGAUGGCGACUAUUCCAUUCUGGUCGUGCUGUUUGGGCGAACCGCCUCCGCGUUAACACCCUUGAAAUACCAAGCGGCAGGCAAAGACGGCCAAGAAGCCACGUGGGUCCUAGCACCCGAGUCAGACUUAAGCCGCCGACUGGAAGAGACCGCCGUGUCUGCAUUUGAGCAGGUUCGCAAUACCGAGUACCUUGGAUACUUGACAGUUAAUAUUCGCGUGGCCGAGGCGUCAGAUACCCUGAUUGUCACCAGUGUGGAUCCUACAUCGCGCAUCUUCUACCCUCAGGAUGCGAGUCCAUGGGAUUCGUUGGUUAUUUCGAAGACCCUACCGGGUGGGCAUCCAGUCUUUUUGGAAAUUCUCCUGUCUGCUAGACUUGCCAGGAUCCCACAUUACGUCAUGCGAAAUGAGGGCUGUGCAAGGCAGCAUGAUAGGCUUGCUCGUCUUUACUACACCAUUCUCGACUCCACCAAUGUCACAAAUAACCGGUUGAGUCCAUUUAUUGGCAAGUACGACUAUAACGGAACCGUUCUAGAUUGUUGUUCAGGGAGUGGGGAGUUUGCUCGGUUUGCCAUCGAACAUGGGGUCGAGGCGAAAUACUCCGCCCUGGACUAUUCUGUAGAAAUGACCAAGCUUCCAUUCUCCAGGAGACUAUACGAACAGCCUUUCAUCAUUGGGCCUAUUCAAGAAGUCCUUGCCAGUGCCCCCAUGCACGAUCACGUAGUAUGUUUCGGCUCGAUGCAUCUGUUGCAACCUUUUGACUUUAUCUCUACGAUUAGUCAGAUGUUUUUGCGGGCCAGAAGAUCUGUCACCUUCGACGUUGACGAUUUGUCAGACACAUAUAUCAACAACUUCCCGGAUGCCAGUAGCGAGAAGUGCUGGGAGAAGCUCGAGUAUAACCACAACCAUACAGCGCGGGUCUUUCGCUUCGGGACACCAGUUGGCUGGAAGGCGGUUGUGUAUGGCGAGAGACACUUUGCGUAUAAAUCGCUGGUGAUGAAGGAAGACGUGUACACUCAUUCAUUCCGGUUCGAGCGGUUAGAGUGA